ACUAGGAGGAGCUUAUCUCUUCAGGAAGAACCGGAGCGCCGGGAGCGAGUGCUACUCAUCCGGUUGCUUCGUAUCGUCUUUGAAGGGAUACAAUGCAAAACUUGCUUAGAGGAGGCCAUGGGUACGUUGGACCUGAAGGGGGGCAGUAUAGGUCGGGUUCAAGCAGUCAGGCUUCGUGGAUUAGCCGCAAGAUAAAAAAUGAUCUGAUUGGAGAGCAUAAUGAUGUUGUUACUGUCGAUGGUUGCAUAGUUAGGAGCAAUUUCACGCUUGACAAAGUUGCUUUGGCUUUGGAAAAAUGGGGGGAAGAGCAGAAGCAAGUAGUUCAUGCCAUUGGCCUUGGAGGAAUAUUGAAGCUAGGAAAAACUGGGAAGAACUUUAUCUCCUUCACUCUUUCUCUGCUGGAAAGAAUCGAUCCGAGCGACAGUAGUAUGAGGCUUUCAGGCGGUGUGAAGUCAAUCUUGGGUGAGAUUGAGAUUUGUUCUUAUAUGGAUUUAAGAAAAGGAGGUCUUAGUCUUCAGAGGCAGGUAGGACGGCCAAGCGGUCAGCAGUGCGUGAGGGCUAGGUUACUACUGGGCAUGGAGCCGAUGGAAGCUGAGCUAACUGUCGGAGAUCUAGUUAAGAAACUCCAAGAGCCGGUUGACUCGACAAUGAGUGCACGGCAGAGGCUGAAAACAGAGUUGGGGAGUGCUAUGCUUGCUGUUGCUGCAGUGUUUGGACCAGGGGAUGGUCGAAACCACGUCCCAACCGAUGCUUACCAGCUAGUUGACGAUCUAUCGAAGAUUUAUCAUUGGAACUACGGUAGAUAUGCUUUGGAGGAGAUAAUAAGAGGUGCCAUGAGCCUGGCAGAGGCGAAAAUGAACGGAUACAAAUCUAUUUGUCUCUAUGGUUGUCCAACCAUCCUGCAGAUACACUACUUCAGCUCUGUGGAUACAGGGUUUUUGACCCUAGACACGUCCCAAUUAGCUCAUGUUAAUCUAUACUCCUCAUCAGUUGUGCGAGCUUUCAUAGAGGCAGAUACCUUAGUCGAAGCUGGGGAUAUGAAGUUUGGAGUAUUGAAGGUCAAAGUAUCUCAAUCAGCCAUACCAUCGGGGGGCGGUUGUAUUCACUCUGAGGCUCUUCUGUAUAUUAAAGAUCUGUUUAGGACUUCUAAGGAGAAGGCAGACUCAACUAGUGAUGAGUUCACUCAGGUUAUUUCCAAGGUUGAUUCAAAUGAUGUGGAUAAAAUAAGGAGUCUGAUAGAACAGCAUGAAAUGGCACAAUGUAUCUAUAGGCUAAAAGAUUGGAAAACUAUGGAUGGCGUAAUAGGAAAAGCCUUACAGGGGAAAUGUGCAGGGAUGCCAAAGUUGAAAACUCAAUUACUAGAAGGUGUGGUUCUUGAUAGCGAAAACCCAAAGGUGGUUAAUGAAUAUAAUCAAGGUGGGGCAAGCGUUAUAGGAUCCGUAUGUGUUCAUGAGGACCAUGAUGUGAAAACGGUAGCAGAGGUACUGGCUGGAAUGAAAACAGGCUUGCUUGGGCCCGACUGGAGCGGCGCUAGUGCCAGGAGGCAAGGUACAGGGGAGAUUACAGUAGCAGUACAUUCAACAGAACAUUCAGUCUUGCCACAUGAUGAAAGUUCAGUUAUCGAAAAUUCAGGGAUGCAUGUUGUUAGCACUAGGACGAAUAUUAUUGGAGGUACACAUGCUGGUCGCUAUGAGACGGCGCAACCAGUGUUGAAAUUCUAUGCCAGGAGGCCGGUGAAAAGAAGAGAAUUUUUUUUGGUUGGUGAAAGAACCAAUGAAGGAUGUACCGUUGUGAGUGAAACUGUUAAGAUCGACGAAACAUACAAUGUACUUGCGCUUGAGGCCGUCAAGGUUAAGAGUUUGGAUGUUGGAUUACCUGCGGCAAGCGUUACAGCUGGUGAGCAGCUACAUCCUUCAGGUGGAAUCAUGUUAGAUGAUGAUCCACAUAGUGUCAAGCAGAAGUCGAUAUCUCAAAUAAAUCGACUAAUUGAAGUAUGUAAGUGUCAAAAGGUUGCUGGAAAGUCUGUUGUAGCAGGAUCUGUAGCUUAUAUAGUCAGAACUAAUGAUGUACUGAAGUCAUGUAACGAUGCGCUGCGGAAAUCAAAAGGAAUGGAACUAAAGAGGUGUUGGAUUGAUCACCCAUUCCCAAACGAACUAAAGAUUUCUGGAGCUGAAAUUAAAGCAAUGAUGAAACCAGGAGCAGAAGUUAAUACUAGACAAUUUGAGAUUUUUAGAAGGCUGGUAUAUUCUGAGGAUAAAAAGCUUUAUGCUCCUGGUUCGUUGUUAAGGCUGGGAGAGUUCUUCAUCUCAGCUUUGCGGGGAAAGUGCUGGCUGGUGAACCUUUCAAGAAUGAUGUUGAUAUAACGGCUAGCUUGGUCGGUAUGAACGGAAAGUUUGAUUUGAGGACUUGCAGGAUGGUUAUGGCUCCGCACUUCACUGUAGAAGGGUACUACAUUCUGUAUGUACUAAAUAUGGCCAGCAGGGUGUGCCAUGUGUUUGAUCCUUCACACGCAUGGCAAUUAGAGACAACUUUGGAGAAAAGGCAUUUCCAAGAUUAUAUGGUAUUGUUGAAGGGAAUGUCCUCAUUGAUAAAUCCUGUAUACCCUGGAUUUCAUCUGGAUGUAUCAAAAUGGACAAUUAAAUGUCAUGGUGGGUCGACUGAAGACCGUGUGAAGAGGGGUGAUAGUGCAUUCGUUGUUCUGCAAAUCAUGUUGAGCUUUAAUUGUGAACAAAAAAACGGAAUUUUCCAAUCCAACUGUGUGGCGUUGUUCAAGCUUCAUGUGCUGCAAUGGUUAGGGAGAAUGGAGGGCAACAGAUCAUGGCUCCCAAGUACAAUCAUGCCAUGAAAAAAAUGUUUAUGUGUCAACAACUUUAUUGGGUAGAACGGUACAUUCCAAUGGUAUUGUUAAUCCCUGCGUAGUACGUAUUUUAUAAGACAAUGUCGAACGGUCUGUAUGUUUUUAAGUGGAUGACAGUUAUUAAGUACUUGCUAUGUAUUCGGUUCUAUUCAGGUUGUCAAGUACUAUGGAUAUGAUGUUGAAGGAAUCAUCAGUGGGUAGAAUGCUUAUUUGUUUUGCUACAUAUAGCUUUGCUACAUAUAGAAUAUUUGUGUUUCAAUUUUUUUAGGGAAAUAGGAAUUGU